UGCAUCUUUAUAUAUCUUUGGAAAGCCAGGCAAAAGGCUACACAUAUUCAUUCUUCUUAUUCCUGAACUUGAGGGAUAGAAAUUUAGUGUUUCAUUUUAUAGUUGACAACUUUACAUAUAGUGUGUGGAUCAUAUUGCAGUGUAAAAACUAUGAGUCUUCGAGUAGCCGAUGGAAUAGUUGAUCCGGACCAUGCUCAUGGUGUAGUUGAUUCGGACCAUGCUCGUCUCCACGAGCUAGGAUACAAACAAGAACUCAAACGCGAUCUUUCGAUGAUAUCGAACUUCGCUAUAUCAUUCUCAAUUGUAUCAGUACUUACUGGUUUAAACGGACUAAUGGGCACUGGGUUGAAUUUUGGUGGACCAAUAUCAUACAUUUAUGGAUGGCCAAUUGCUGGUACAUUUACUAUGUUAAUUGGAUUAUCAAUGGCUGAGAUUUGUUCUUCUUAUCCAACUUCUGGAGGUCUUUAUUAUUGGAGUGCUAAACUUGCUGGUCCAAACUGGGGUCCUUUUGCUUCCUGGAUCACUGGCUGGUUCAACAUUGUUGGUCAGUGGGCUCUCACAACAAGUAUAGAUUUUUCACUGGCACAGUUAGUUCAGGUGAUGAUUCUCCUUAGCACUGGUGGAUUAAAUGGAGGCGGAUAUAUGAUCUCUAAAUAUAUAGUUAUGGCUCUCCACGGCGUAUUUCUACUAAUACAUGCUAUAUUAAAUAGUCUUCCUAUCUCAAUGUUGUCAUUCCUUGGACAAAUAGGCGCUGCCUGCAAUUUCUUCGGUUGUUUUCUUAUGAUUGUAAUUCCUGCGGUUGCAACUGAAAGAGCCAGUCCUGAGUUUGUGUUUACAAACUUCAAUACUGAGAAUCAGGACGGUAUCAACAAUUAUUUCUACAUUUUUGUCCUCGGACUUCUUAUGAGCCAGUAUACAUUGACAGGUUAUGAUGCUUCCGCCUAUAUGUCGGAGGAGACUAAAGACGCAGAUAAGAACGGGCCACAAGGUAUUGUAAGUGCAAUCGGCAUAGCAGUUAUUGCAGGAUGGGCUUAUGUACUUGGUAUAACCUUUGCAGUCAGAGAUAUUCCGAAUCUUUUGAGCGAAAACAACGAUUCGGGUGGUCAUGCCAUUGCUCAAAUCUAUUAUGAGGCAUUUAUGAGUAGAUAUGGCAGUGGUGUUGGUGCUGUAAUUUGCUUAGGUAUUGCUGGUCUUGCUGUAUUCUUUGCUGGUAUGAGCUCACUAACUAGCAACUCAAGGAUUGCUUAUGCAUUCUCAAGAGAUGGAGCAAUGCCAUUUUCAUCGCAGUUGCAGAAAGUGAACAAACAGGACGUUCCUAUAAAUGCAGUUUGGAUGUCAGCCCUUGUAGCAUUUUGCAUGGCAUUAACGGUGAAACUAAAUAAUCGUUCCAGUCAUUCAACUCUGACAAGACAUAAUCGUUUGGAAUUGGUGAAACUAAAGAUGGAAGUUCAGGUGGUUGAGGUAAGUAUGUUUCUUGAAGUGGUUCGUUGAAGUUCACCGCGAACUCAUUUGAAUUCAGUAUAUUGAAAUGAUGCCCGUUGUCUGGAUAGUGAUUAAACAUAUUGGUUCUAGAAUGGAACAAUGUUGAUGUGUUCAAAGGGAAAGACAAACUCUGGGACACAGAAUUAAAGUGCCCAAUUCUACUUAACUCCUCAUUAACUCCAUAUUGAGAAUGAAUUAUUGGAACCAGAGGGGGUGGUGUUCGCGACAUGAUUUUAGAUUGGUUAACUAUAGAAGAUGUAGCUGGUUGAACAUGUGGAGCUUGUUGUUUUUGGACUCUGUAUUUCUGCAGAGGACCAAAAACAUAAAGAAAUAAGGAAAACGUCGACUAUUAAUGUCACAACUAGAAAACUCAUCUACCAAUUUCAAGACAUGAACUAAAAGUCGACUAUUUCUAAUAGUUUGCUAUGAGAAAGUUGAAAGAAACAUUUAUUGUGUUCUCCUAAACUUCUCUUCAAUUUUGACCGUUUCAGAUAUGUUCGAUAUUGAAGAAUUAUGGUGGUCCGUGUAGCAUACAAGACACUUUUUUUUAAAAUAAAUCGAACAGUUCAAUAACAGUUAUUAAGAAAAUAUGCAGAGAAGUAAUGAAAAAAUUCAAAGCAAAUUCAGAUACCUGCAGAUGGUUCGCGAUCUGUUUCUGAGUCAAAUUUGGAACAUCCAUCAUCUCCUUAAUAAGUUUAGGACGGGCUAAAUCGACAGGGUAAGACAAAAUAUGAGGAUUCAAAUAGUAAAAAAAAGUACAUUUAGAAAAAAAUGCUUUGCUAAAGAUUACCUCAUUUUCUACUGUCUUUCACCAAUUCUUGCUUUUUUUCCUGGUUUAUGCUAUGAUACAACUAAGUUUUUAUAAACAUACCUUUUUGUCCUAACUUGCGAACGGCCUUCUUGAAUUUCUUUUCAAGAUCACGUGUCCAAUGCAGGCGUCGCCUUUUCUCCAUAGCUUUUUCCGAAACCAAAGAACGAUCCUCUUCUUCUGAAUCACCAUUUUUAACUUGUGUCUCCUCAUCAGUAAUUCUCUUUCCCUUAGACCCUUCUGCUGAAUUCACUAUGCUUUUUCCCUUUGUGUCUUGCAUUUUCUUAUUAGCAAAAGAUGUAUUGUCCAUUACUUCAACUUGAAUAUUAGCCUUAUUGUUUUCUAAUUUUUUGACUUGCUUUCUUUUGGUGCCUAUACACAUGUUGCCAUAUAUUCUUGAGUUUCUUUGCUGAAAUUGGUUUCAUAAAAAAGAAACAUACCCCUUGUGCCACUGCUUGUUCCACCAUUUCCCUCUUCACAUUUGAUGACAUUACUAAAAAAAGAUGAAAAAUUAGAACCAAAUUCCAGAUAAGGUAUCCAAAAUUAAACAUUUUGACACUUUUCAAUAGUCCUAUAUUAAUU